AUGAAUAAUUUAAGUAAACUAUUUGAAUGUUUUCAAUGUACGCCCAGAUAUUCAAUAAUCUUAAUAUAUUUGGCUAUACUUAUAGAUAACCUGUUGCUAACAUCGGUGGUGCCAGUAAUUCCCGACUAUUUGAACAAAUUAAUGGACAAUUCAAGCGAUACAGACGAAAACGGAAGAUUGGGUUUUCUAUUGUCGACCAAAGCGUUCGUCCAAUUCUUCUGCAACUUCUUUGUCAGUCCUUUAAUCAAUCGAUUUGGUUAUGAAGUCAUUCAGAUUACCGGAUCUGUUAUCCUAUUGCUGUCAUCGUUGAUGUAUUUGAUGGGCGAGUCGUUUAUUAUGCUAUUAAUUCCCCGUUGUAUUCAAGGCAUCGCUUCGGCAUUUAUAACUGUUUCCGGUAUGGCAAUGAUUGCCAAUAUGUAUCCCAAACAGGAGACCCGAUCGGCAGUCAUGGGCUUUGCACUGGGAGGUAUGGCUGUCGGUGUUUUAAUUGGCUAUCCAUUUGGCGGAUUUCUUUAUGAGUUUAUGGGAAAAUCGGCUCCGUUUGCUAUCAUAGCAUUGUUGACAGUUUUACUAAUUGUUGCACAGUUGACAACCUUUAAUUGGUCAGUAAGAUAUGGAAGCUUUCUGUAUGAUAUACCUGUUUUGAACAUUAUAUCUGAUAAAUACAUUAUAGUAUCAAUAGGUAUGAUUGCUGUGUCGACAACAUCGAUGUCUAUACUGGAGUCAUGUUUGCCUCUAUGGCUCAUUGAGACAAUGGAUCCCAAACCUAAAAAAUGGCAAUUAGGAACUGUAUUUAUUCCUGACAGCAUUGGCUAUCUAAUUGGUACUAAUUUUUUAAUAUCAUGUUUUGCAUACAAAUGCAAAAGAUGGAUUACAGCUAUGAUCUCAUUAGCACUGGUAGGCCUAAGCGCACUGACCAUACCAUUAGCAUCAAAUAUGAAUCACUUAAUUAUUCCUCAUUUUGGUUUAGGAUUAGGGAUUGGUACCAUAGAUGCGGCAAUUAUGCCAUUUUUGGCUAAUAUAGUGGACACCAAAUAUUUUACACUUUACGGCAGUGUCUAUGCCAUCGCACAGACAGCCGUGUGUUUGGCCUAUUCAUUGGGGCCACUCAUCAGUGGACAACUCAUUCAAUUAGGUGUUGACUUUUCAACGCUGAUCCGUGCAGUGGGUCUCAUGAAUCUCAUGUAUUGUCCGUUAUGUCUAAUUUUAAGACAUUUUGAAAACUAUGAAUACGAUAGCGAAAAGGUUAGUAUGAAAGUACAAAAAAAUUUAAACACUGGCAAGUCUAGUACUACCUCUCGAUCUAACGGUGCUUACGCCGAAAACAUUAAAUGCAAUAAAGACAUCGAUGAAGAGUAUUUCAAUGCCAUCGUAACACUGCCGACCGGUUUCGGUACGGUUCCCGUCUUUAAUGAGGCCUCUAAUGUCAACCCGAGUAUAUCGGAUCAAUGUGUCAUCAAACAGACGUCAAUCGGAAGCAACAAGUUUUUGGUUAAAAUACAGGAUUUAGAGUCUUGUGGUGUCCAAACACAGAAGGCAGCCGAUGGUGCCGUUUGGAUGUCAGUUUCGCUCAGAUUUCCAUUGAUUGGAUCCCUCAGAACAGCUGAAGAUGAAGUUAUUACACUAAUGUGUAGACCACGAGAAAGGAUUAUUGUCAGAAACCAUGUCCUCGACAUUAAAAGUCAAAUUCAAAAUCCAUUGCGGACUGUAUUCAGUAGUUCUCCUCUUGACUUUGACUGCAAUCUGGAUGUAUAUCUCAAAUCAGAUAACGAAAACUCGUUUAGUCGUAUGAUUCCCACUGAAGAUGUCAUUGAAGUCGGACAAGAAGUACAGUUGAGAGCUACCAUUAGAUCCGGAGACGGUUGGAAAUAUGCUAUGAUAAAGGAUGUGACCAUUCAUAAAAUGAUACCACAGUCACCCUCCGGAGGGUUGUCCUCUUUUUCUACGUUAUCCUCGUUAAGACAAACCUCAUCCACAGCCGCCAAUGAAAGAGACUCAACUGAUAGCAACGUUAACAGGUUUUUUACAAACGCUUUGAAUAUAAGAAAACCCGCGCCUUCGAGGUUCAGCAAAACCACUGAUGACAGCAAUAAUCGGACAAUUCGUCAAAAGCGUCAAAUACCAGACGCGGCUUUUCUCGUGUUAAGCGAUGGCUGCCGUAAUCCAGUUUAUCGGUCGAUAGCAUCGACACAUCCGGUUCAAGAGUCAAACGACAAUUUGGUCGUCAGUUUCAACUUCAAGGCAUUCAUGUUUCAAGAUAUGGAUGAAAGUGGAACCAUUCGGAUCACUGCCAAAGUGAUAGCCUGUGUCGAGGAGGAAGACUGUCAACCAAUGAGAUGUAUAGAUGACGACCAAAUUGGUUACGGACGACGACGAAGACGACGCAAACGAUCACUUAAUAUGACAACAACUGACAAUAUCUUAGAGUCAAUCGACAACAAUAACAGUUCGCAGACCAGCGACUACUCCAAAGAAUUACAAUUAAAAAUAGUUAUGCCAUCAGUAAAAACAGCUGUGGUCAAUUCUGAUGUCCAAUCGGUGCUCAAUGAAUGGUUUGGUCAGACCGACGGUCGCCAGGAUUGUCGUUAUGUCGUCUACUUUAUGGGAACACUGGCACUGGUAUUCUGUUUGACCAUAACUAUGGCCUCGUCGGUAGUGAUUAUAAAAUCAAAACAAACAAAAUAUUGA